AUGGCGGUUUCCCCGGCCGGUUUCGGCGGCUUCCGUGGUGGAGGCUAUGGCGGCUUCGGUGGCUAUCCCGGCGGUGGCUUCGGCUUUCCCAGAGGCGGAUAUGGUGGCUUCGGUGGUUUCCCCGGAGGUGGCUAUCGCGGGUUCGGCGGCUAUCCUGCAGGUGGCUUUGGCUAUCCCAGAGGCUUUGGAGGCUAUGGAGGCUAUCCCUUCGGCGGAUUUGGUUAUCCCAGAGGUGGCUUUCGAGGCUACGGUGGCUAUCCCGGUAUUGGAUUUCCCGGUGGCGGAUUCAAUGGAUUUUAUCUUGGAAUCGGAUAA